GCCCGCCGCUAGUUGUUUUCAUUGAGUUCUUUGCUCAUUAAGCGUGGUUUGCGUUUGAAUAAAUUUAAUUAAAUUUAAACCUUAAAUUUUCAAAAAAAAAAAACUAAUUAAAAAUGGCAUGCUGGGAAGGAAAGAAAUAUAAACUCGACAAGAGCGAUAACUUCGAUGAGUACAUGAAGGAAUUGGGUGUCGGUUUGGUUUUACGUAAAAUGGGUAACAGCGUCAACCCAACUGUUGAGUUGGUUAAAGACGGCGAUAACUAUACUUUCACUACCACAUCUACAUUCAAAACAUCAGCCAUCACCUUUAAGUUGGGUGAAGAAUUCGAUGAAGAAACACUUGACGGACGCAAAGUCAAGAGUGUUAUCACCAUGGAUGGUAACAAGCUCAUUCAAGAGCAAACUGGCGAUAAGCCCACAACCAUCGUACGUGAAUUCACCGCUGAUGAAUUGAUUGUUACCCUUACCAUCGGUGACAUUAAAUCAGUGCGUGUAUACAAAGCUGUUUAAAGACAUGAAUGCAUCAUCAAGCGAAUGCUGCUUAUAAUUGCAAUCUAUUGACUGAGCACUAAGCAUCAAUUAAAAUCGUUCCAUGGCAAAACAAAAGUAAUAAAUAUCUUAGAAUAUCUUAGAGAAAUUGUUAUUAAAUAACAAUGUUUAAUUAAUUUAAAUUUUUGACAUCCAAUUAAUUACUUUUUUUUGAUAAAAAUUAUAUUACACUAUUUUAAAGAAUUUUCCAAAUAAUUGAAGUUGAACUUUAAGUCAUUUUUUUUUGCACGAUAUGCUACAAUAUAUGCAUUUAUUGUUAUAAGCCAUUUAAAUUAAUAAUUAAUAAACAUUUUUCC